AUGUUGUUUAAGUUCCAGUUACUAUUUGUAGGAAUUUUAAUAUUCCUAAGCACUUUAAAUAAUUGUAAUGGACAAUUACCGGAUAAUACUGUAAACAAAAUAACAGGAGUUGUUAAAAAUGCAGUGACAGACGUUCAAAAUUCUACCACAUUGAUAGUACACAAUGUUAAAGAUAUUUGUGAAAAGAUUGGUGAUUGUGUGAAACAAAGUGGGACCAAAGUAGUAAACAAAACUGUUACGAUAACAAAAGAAUCGCUACAAAAUGGAGCCACUAUGGUGAACAAAACUAUCACGACAACCAAAGAGACACUUAAAAGAAUCCCAUUAAAAUCUAUUGAAGAAAUAAUAAAAAAAGCUAAAUGUGUAAUACCCAAGAAUGCCGAUAACAUCCUUAGAGCUGCAUUACUUCAACAGUGUAUUUCACCCAGUCUUGGUUUUGGGAACGAAUCUAGAUGUUUUGACGAACUUGGUUGUUUCUCAAUGGAACAUCCUUGGUCUUCAAAUUUAAGACCUUUUCCACAACCUAUGACACCUGAAGAGGUAGAAGUAAAAAUUUACUCACAUACUAGAAAACAAAAUGCUCGAUACACUGUGCAAUUAUGGCCAAAUAUUUUAUUAGAAGGAUCGGACUUCGAUCCUAUGAGACCAUUCACUGUAUUUAUAGUACACGGAUUUAAUAGCGACGGAGAAAAUCAAUGGAUGUCUGGUCUUAAAGAUGCAUAUUUAAAACAACGUGAUGCAAAUAUUUUCUUAGUUGAUUGGGGAAAGGGAUCGAAGCAAUUUAAUUAUUUACAAGUAGCUUCAAACACAAGGAUUGUCGGUGCAGAAUUAAUUAGGUUUGGAAAAUAUCUCAUUGAUCAUUAUCAACUGGACCCACUGAAAAUUCACGUAAUGGGUCAUAGUUUGGGUGCUCAUAUAUCCUCAUAUUUUGGUAAAGGCAUCCCUGGUUUGAGUCGAAUAACAGCAUUUGACCCAGCUCAACCAGGAUUUGAAGGUUGUCCAAAAGAAGUACGAUUAGAUAAAUCAGACGCUCAUUUUGUUGACGUUAUACAUACCAGCUGUAGACCCACAGUUCCAUUUUUAGGUUUUGGACUUAUCACACCCGUAGGCCACGUAGACAUUUAUAUGAAUGGUGGUUUCAUACAGCCUGGAUGUACUGUACCUCCAAUAAAUGAAGUAAAAUUAACGAGUAUUGCGGAUUUAGCUGCUAUUCCUGCUGAUGUACUCGGAACUUGGGUUGCUUGCUCUCACGGAAGAUCGUUUUCAUAUUUCACAGAGUCAUUAGAAGACAAUUGUACAUUCUGGGCUCAGAAAAUAAAAUUAUUUUCUGCUAUUACAAAUGCUGCAACCGUCGGCCAACUCACGCCUAUCCUGAUGAAUAUUGACAAAUGUAAAUUUAAUGAAUGUGUACCAUUAGGUUUAAAUACUGAUCAAUAUCCAGGUAGAGGUGUUUUUAUUGCAGGAACUGCAUUUUUUGAACCAUAUUGUAAGAGCAAUUUGGAAACGGAUCGGAUUAUGCGGAAGGCAUUUAAAAUGAUGAAAUGA